UUUGAUUCUCCAGCUUCCGAACGAAUUUCGAGCUCCGAGUAUCGACAUCCACGACGAAUCUCAUCCAUCUCCAAUUGCCUCCACCCCAUCGAACCAAUUCACCCCCGAAGGCUUGCAAACCCCCUAAUACCGCCAAAAUGGUUCAGAUGUACACUAUCGCCGGCCGUCAGAUCGGCUCCCACUACCUGGCCAUGGGCGUCCUCGCGACCCUCUUCGGCGGCGCUUCCUACGGCCUCAGCGGCAGCAAGCCCAAGGCUACUGCCACUCCCCCCAUCAACGCAUCCAGCUCCGACGAGGCCGACUUCAUCAAGAAGUUCCUGGACAGCGCGGACAAGGACGAGAAGGCGAAACACUAGACGGGCGAUAUUCCGGGCGAAGUCAAUGGUCUCCUUGCGACCUAGUGUAUUCAUAGAGGGCUUGGUUGAUGGGAAUGAAGACAUUUUCUAACCAGCAAAACGCGACGACGACAUGUACCGCGAGGGUGACUCGGAAAUCGAUAUCAAUACGCAAUUUUUUCACGAUCUUUAUCCAGCAACAAAUGGUCUGGACGCAAGACGGAUGAUCCAAUUGAUAGGAGGGGUUACCAGGGGACCAAUCUGAACUCGCCGUCUUCAAACUCCCAAAACGUUCCCGAGGCAAUGACGCCCUUUUCUGACUCUACUAAUCGUACAAAGACUUCAGC